GCCUUUCGCAUCAGGAGGACCUUCCCUUUUGCUCAUUGUCCUGAGCCACACGGUUCCCAGGGAUUUGCUGGUGCUGAGCUCCCCCCCCCACACUCCUCCUCCUCUCCCGGUAGCGGAGCAGCGCAGCGUGAGUGGGAGCUACUUUUCCCCCCAACCCCCAACCCCCAAUUCAAUCCCGUGGAUGAGCCAUGGUCAUGACCGUGUGCGAGAGGCCGUGCAGUCCGCCCCGCGCCCUGCGGGUGGGCUUUUACGACAUCGAGAAGACGCUGGGGAAAGGCAACUUCGCGGUGGUGAAGCUGGCGAGGCAUCGAGUGACCAAAACGCAAGUUGCAAUAAAAAUAAUUGACAAAACCAGAUUGGAUUCGUCUAACCUUGAGAAGAUUUAUAGAGAAGUGCAAAUCAUGAAGCUUUUGAAUCAUCCACACAUCAUCAAACUCUACCAGGUAAUGGAAACAAAAGACAUGUUGUACAUGGUGACGGAAUAUGCCCAGAAUGGAGAAAUGUUCGAUUACUUGUCAGCAAAUGGGCCGUUGAGCGAAGCCGAGGCUCGACGGAGAUUCUGUCAGAUCCUGACGGCUGUGGAAUAUUGUCACAACCACCACAUUGUGCACCGGGACCUGAAGACUGAGAAUCUGCUGCUGGACGCUAAUAUGAACAUUAAAAUUGCAGAUUUUGGAUUUGGGAAUUUUUACAAAAGUGGUGAACCUCUGUCUACUUGGUGCGGGAGCCCACCCUACGCCGCACCCGAGGUCUUUGAAGGGAAAGAGUAUGAAGGACCUCAUCUUGACAUCUGGAGUUUGGGGGUAGUGCUGUACGUUCUGGUUUGCGGAUCGCUUCCGUUCGAUGGUCCCACAUUACCAGCUCUCAGACAAAGGGUGUUAGAGGGACGCUUUCGGAUUCCAUUCUACUUAUCUCAAGCUUGUGAAAACCUGAUCCGCCGAAUGUUGGUUGUCGACCCUACGAAGCGCGUAACAAUGUCGCAAAUCAAACAGCACCACUGGAUGCAAUCAGCCAUGUCUCCCCAGGAACCAUUGUCUUAUUCCAUCAAGGACUACAACUCAAAUCUUGGAGACUACAAUGAGCAAGUCCUCGGCAUAAUGCAGAGUCUCGGCAUCAACAAACAGAAGACUAUUGAGUCAUUGCAAAACAGCAGUUACAACCAUUUUGCCGCAAUCUAUUACCUUUUGCUGGAACGAGUCCAAGAACACCGAAGUAACCAAGCAAUAAGCUGCCCGACUCCUGGAGCCCAGCUACAGAAGCUAAGAAACGUGACUGAGCAAAGCCAAGCAGACGUACCUCAGGAAGCUCUUGUGGAUUUUGUGACGAACCAUUACUCAUCCCCUGGGGUGCUAACCCAUUCCCUCCCGCAUUCUGUGCUCCAGAAUGAGAUGGAUUGUGACACCACUUGCUUCCAGCCAAUCGUCUCUCCAGUGGAUGCUUCAGUCAAGGCUCUGCUGAAGGGUCGGUCGAUGUCUCCCUGUAGCCUCCUGGAGACAGCCAUCAGCGAGGAGGUGAGGAUGGAUCCCGAGUUGGAGGAAGAGUUGAUGGGACGAAGCCAGAAUUCCUCACACGUCCUGACCAACACGUGCCGACGGCACACGGUCGCUGAGGUCUCCACUCAUUUCAACAGCCAGACGGCUCCAUGUAUUGUCGUCACCUCAUCCGCCCACCCACAGGACGGGGCCAGUUCAGAUAGCUGCCUGACCUCCUGCUGCAGGGACAGCCUGCUCUCUGCGCACACCACCUAUCAGACUGAGGGAGUGCUGGCGGCUAAUCUAGCAGCAGCUCGCAUGACUCCGCCCUUCAUGUACACUGCGUCGGCCACUCCUAUCCUGCAGGAACAAGGCCAGAGCGUCAGCAUGGGCGGAGCUCAGCUUCCAGUCACCUUCCAGGAAGGCAGGAGAGCCUCGGACACCUCCCUAACCUCAGGACUGAAAGCUUUCCGACAUCAGCUGCGCAAAAGCCCCAGAGCCAAAGGAUUCAUUGGGCUGAACAAAAUCAAAGGCUUUGCCCGUCAAGUGUGCCAGUCGUCCCACUCGAGAGCAGCACGGAAUCGACUGGGUCACCUUCAGCUCUGCAGCCCUCAGCAGAAUGUGAGGGCACUGCCUGGCACUGGGGCGGCAAAUAUGAAUGCUUUCAAUGGAACCUCGAGAGAAGCCAGGACGUUGUUGGAGGAACUGUUAGACCAGCAAAGAAUGCUACAACUAACUCACCAGCAGAGCCAGCAACUACUGGGGCCCUGCCUUGAGGGGUCGAGGGUAAUGGAAACGUCAGCACUCACAGCUGAAAGUAUGGCUCCUCACCACCAGACCAGCCCAUUCCACCUGGCGGAGCUCACACAUGCAAACCAGCUGGAGCUGUCGUGUAGGGCCCAGUCACAGCUGAGCAGCUUCAUGGGCGCCUGCCUCUCGCCCCUAUCUCCCAACGACCAACUUUUGGACUCGCAGUUACCUCAGACUUUCUCCGGUCUCCUCCAGCAAAGGCAGUUCUCCUUAGAGUCACAGAACCUCAAGCUGCUCUCAGCAGACUGUGAAAUGGAGGACCUGACGGCUGUCCAGCUGGGCAAAAUCGUACUGGUGAACUGACUGGGCGCCAAGUCCUUCCUUCCAUGAACACUUACUGAGAAUCCAGGACCUGUUAGUAUUUGAAAAAAUUAACAAGUCUUAAGUCUGCAGUCACCUGCAAUAAGCAGCUGCAGCAAAAUCGCUUUAAGAAAUACGAACCGACAAUACUUUUGCACUUUAGACUGAUUUAAAACAGUGUAGAUGUCUCUUUUUCACUUGUUGCUGUGAAUUUCCGUGUGUUGUGUAAAAAAAAAAGACCAAAGAAGGAGGGCUGUCUCCCAGUGUGUGUGUGUGUGUGUGUGUGUGUAUAUGUGUUUUGUCAAAGCUGCAGCCCACAGUGCUGUUGGAACUGCAUCAGGUCACUUUAAAACGAAACAAUCCGAUUUGCAUUGAUCAAGAACUGUUGAAUCUACAAACCUGAGAGAGAGAGAUAGAGAGGGUGUGAAAGAGUGUGCGAGUGGGAGAGAAUGUUUUCUGUGUUAUUGAAACUGAUCUGACUUUUGUCUGCAAACCCGACGUGCAGCCGAGCAAGGGUUGACCGCUGCAGAAGAGAUACUGUGAAAACAACGCAAAUCUGCGCCGAGUAUUAAAUUCCCGUGUUCAAAGGAGCAAAAGUUUUACAGAGCAAACAUGAAGAGAGAGGGACUGUGAGCAAGCUGCACACAUAACGCUCAACACAAACUGUUUCCACUGCUUUCAAACGGGGAAGCAGCGCUGCUGAAGUAUUCCAAUUCACCUCUCGCCAGAAUGCCAGCAUUUCACAGCACUUCUCGUUGCAUCGAUCGAGGUUGUUACUUUCCAGGGGCACGCUUCUCAUUUCAAACAAAGGAAUACAGACAGUUACUAAUAAUAUUCGUCCUUGAUGCACAUUGACAUUUCAGGAGCGAGGAUCGUAAUGACUUUAUCGUGAAGCAUAUUCACAUGAAAACUCCAGGAAGGAAGCUUUUUUUGAUGUCGUAGCUUUUAUGCUACACAAAGAGGACAUAAGCUGUGUGUUUUUAAUGUUAUCUGGGUCCAAAUUAGGAACGAAUGAACUUUUAAGGACUGUGCAAUAAUCUGUUCCAAUUGUAAAUUGUGUGAAGCGAAACCGAACACUUUUUUUAAAAAAAAAUGAACUUUAUUUAACUUGUCAGUAAAGUACAAACUGCUCUGAAAA